AUGUCAACCUUGCACCCGGCCAACGCAUUGUUCCAAGAAUCGCCCUUUUCUCCUGCCCAACCCUCCCAGGCCUUGCCGUAUUCACCAAGUCUCUCUCCCGCCUAUCAUCAGUUGCCCCAACAUACCCCCGAAACAACAAUCGUUCCCCCGUCCACAUCUAUAACCCCGUCUCCGAUCCCAGAAACAGAUCAAUCGACCGCAUCGUCAUUUAGCCCACCUCCCACCUCGCCGCUUCUACAGUCAAGCACUACGGAUUCUCCAGCAAUCGGAACUGUCUUUGCAAACCGGAUAUUCACCUGCAUCAGCCCCGAGUGCUCGAAUGUACAGUUUGGACGUCUCGCAGACCUAUUCCGGCAUUAUGGCCAGCGUCAUGAACCAGGCCUUCGAUCGCAGUAUUUUUGUCGCGUGGAAGGUUGCUGGCGUAGUCGAGACGGGGCUCCCGCCGUUGAUUCUUCGAUCCAGAAUGGCGUUAAAGGCGGUCGAGUGUUGAAGAAGAAAAGCGCGACGAAGAUUGCGGAGAAGGGUAUUGGAAAAGGUGUGGGGGUUGGGCGGGGCAGGAGCUUCGGCACCAGAAGAGAUAAAAGAGGGGAGCAUGAGAAGUCUGUUCAUAAGGUCGACCUUGAUGAUUUUGACGAGGGGGCAAAAGAGAAGGGCAAGAGGAAGAGGAGGACAAAAGCGGCGGUGCAAGAGAAGGAUGGAAACACUGACGUCGCUUAAUACUGGUUCUGGGUGCGAGGUGAAGCAGAGGUUCGAUUAGGUUUGUUAUGAAGAAGUUUUUGUUUCCUUCAUG